CAGAUUUUAGUAGUGUGAGUCCCCUCCUCCCAACUGGCACCAUGACGUCCUCAAUGCUUCGACGACAACUGAAAAACCUGGUUCAGAAUUACUCUGAAGCCGAGGUCAAGGUGAGAGAGGCGACCUCCAAUGACCCCUGGGGCCCAUCCAGCUCGCAGAUGGCGGACAUUUCAGACCUGACGUACAACGUAGUGGCCUGUAACGAGAUCAUGACGAUGCUCUGGAAACGGCUGAAAGAUGACAGAAACUGGAGGCACAUCCACAAGUCCCUGACUCUGCUUGAAUACCUGUUGAAGACCGGUGAUGAGCGUGUGCUUCUGAAAAUGAAAGACAAUAUCUACAUCGUCAAAGCACUAACAGAAUACCGCUUUUCUGAUAAAGAUGGCAAAGAUCAGGGAGUGAAUGUUCGCGAUAAAGCCAAAGUUGUUCUAGUUCUUAUGGAGGAUGAUGAAAAAUUGAAGGAGGAGCGAGACUUUGCCUUCAAAACCAGAGAAAAGACCUCCAAAGGAGCAGCAGCUUCUUCAUCAGAUGCUGUUAAGGAUCCUACCUAUAAGCCCUGCUACGUGCCCGGAGCCUCUGGACUUCCGUCGUUGGACAACAUUCCGUCAGUGGCAGAUCUGACAGCUUCAUUUGCUGCUCGUAAAGAAGAGAAACUCAAACAGGAGGCUGAGAAGAAGGAGGCAGAGAGGAGGGCUAAACUGUCUGAAGAUGAGCUGCAGUGGGAGGACGCAGGCAAAGGCUCUGGAGUUAAAGACGACGCUUGGGGAGGAGGGAAACCUGAGGAAGAACUCGAUGAAUGGGGUGCUCCCAAACAACCCAAAGAGGCCGAAGGUCCGUGGGGUACUCCCGACCGACCAGAGACCACCGAUACAGAGAUGGAAGAGGGCGCUGAUGCUUGGGGAGCACCUACAAAACCUGAUGAAGACCCCUUUUCUGCACCUAAAAAUGGAGAGGACCCUUUUGUGGAGAGCGAGGAUCCUUUUGGUGCUCCAGAAGAGGUUAAAUUUACAGAGGAGGACAGUGAAGACCCAUUCCAAGCCCCAAAAGACAACUCUCCAGAGGGUAAACGUGAAUUCCCUGUAUCCGAAGAGGAUCCAUUCACAUCCAAAACAGAUGAUCCAUUUAGUACGCCCAAAAAUGACCCUUUUUCGACAGAUAAAGAAGACCCUUUCAGUACACCCAAAGAGGCAGAGGACCCCUUCGGUGCCCCCAAGGUUGACCCGUUUACAUCAUCAAAAAGCGACCCUUUCAACAUCCCAAAAGACGACCCCUUCUCCUCAAAAUCAGAUGAUCCAUUUGGGACACCUAAAGAUGACCCAUUCAACGCACCCAAAGAGGACCCAUUUAAAACCCAGGCUGAGGACCCCUUCGGUGCACCCAAGGAUGACCCGUUUACAUCAUCAAAAAGCGACCCCUUCGACACCCCGAAAGAGGAUCCCUUUGGGGUGUCUAAAGAUGACCCGUUCACUGCAGCUAAAGAGGGACCAAAGUCACCUCCACCCAACGAUGAUCCAUUUUCAGCGCCAUCCAAACCUGUGGAAGACCCGUUCAGUGCACCCAUGAGUCCAAACGGAGACGCGUUUGGAGCUCCGACCUCACCACCCAAAGAUGAUCCCUUCAGUACAGCACCUGCGGAUGACCCAUUUGCGGCGCCAACUACCCCCCCAAAAGAGGACCCAUUCUCUGCCCCGACCAAACCAUCAGAACCAUCGGACCCCUUCGCCUCCCCUACCUCCCCUCCUAAAGAUGACCCCUUUGUCUCCCCCACCUCCCCUCCUAAAGAUGACCCAUUCACAGCACCCACCUCCCCUCCUAAAGAUGACCCAUUCACAGCACCCACCUCCCCUCCUAAAGAUGACCCAUUCACAGCACCCACCUCCCCUCCUAAAGAUGACCCAUUCACAGCACCCAAAGACCCAGCCGUGGACCCCUUCAGUGCCCCCUCUCCCCCUCCGAGUGCAGACGCCUGGGGGGAGCCAACCAGCCCUCCCCCCUCCUCCGAUGCCUGGGGAGCAGCGUCACCAUUGCAGGAGACCAAAGCUGGAGACCCCUGGGGAGAUGGGCCCAGUGCCAAGUCUCCAGUGGACAAUUCGGAUCCAUUUGGAGACACAACCAACCUGGAUAAUGACCCGUGGGGAGCACCAGCCUCAGCUCCAGUGAACACAGAUGAUGCGUGGGGUGCUCCUGCCCCUGACUCCCUUUCCUCUCCCUCUGACCCCUUUGGAUCUAAAGGGGAUCCAUGGGGUGCUCCCAGCAGCACCAGCCAAGGCACAGGACGGCGAUCAGAUAAAGAUUUGGAGAUGUUUAAAAAGACUACUUCAUUUCUGGGUUCAGCUGGGGCUUCAUUGGUCGACUUGGAUGACUUAUUUUCCUCCACCCUUCCACCCAAACAUGGCGGCGCUGCUGUUGCCAAGGCAGCAGUCGCCUGGCAACCUCAAGCCGCUGGCGCUUUGAAUGCACCAUUAUUAACGCCCUACCACCAAACAUCAUAUUUACCUGGCGGACAUAUUGGGUCCUCCUCGACUCCUUCAUUCUCAGCUUUUGGACUUGCAAGCCAAUCCACUCCAUCUUCUUUAUUCCAAAUGGAGACUGGAUCAAAUUUCGGGACAAAGUUCAGCAGUCAGAAUUCACCGGAUCAAAUGCAGGUGUUGUCUUUAAGUCCACAGAGAGUAUUUGAAGUGCAGUCGACCCAGCCAGAGCCUCUUUUUGGGGACUUGGUGGGUCUAGCAGGAUUUGGGCAAAUAAACACUGUUUCACCAAUGCAAAGUGGAGUUUCUAACCAGAGAUUUCCGAACAGUACAAAUGAGACAAACAAUUAUAACCCAUUCCUCUUAUAGAAGUGUAAAGAAGUUAAAAUAUUACAGUGGCUGCGUUUGCAUGCGC